AUGUAUUUCACCUACAAGGAAAACCGAUAUUGCGUCAACCUAGACUGGCUGCAAUACUCCGUACACCUUCGCGAGCCCGAGCCCGAAAUCCUAUGCCCUGAAGGAUAUCGCAUCGAGCUUUGCCAAGGCAACAACAUCUUCGAGCACCGCGCGCUCGUCUUUGACUCCCGCGGUGCUAAAUACCUUACCCUCCUUUGGAAGCCUUAUUCAAAAGUGCUGUCAUCCAACCUAAUGACCGUACAAGUCGCGAACGAAUACUUAUACCUAAUGAGCGGCCAAGGUGUAUUAUGGUCGUUUCGUGACGUUCAGCAAAUAGUUGACUGCACCUUUAAUGCGAUUGGCCGUGUUGAUAUCUGCGUUGAUUGGGAAGGCUCAAGCGAACGAGAUGAGUUCUUGAGACAUUUGAAUAGCGGCCACUAUUACGCACAACACAAGUCGGAAGGAUCCAAUUGGUGGCACGAAAUCGAAAAGGAUGGGCACAAGCGAAAGCAACUUCAUUGCCUCACGUGGGGAAGCCAAAAGUCCGAAAUCAAAGUAAAGGUGUACCACAAAAGCCGUGAACAAGGCUUGAUUGGUGGUGAUGAACCCGAGAAGCCGUGGAUUGUACGAGAAUGGAAAGCCAACGAUAUGGAUAUCCGCAACGUUUGGCGACUUGAGUUUUCAUUAUCGGGCGCAGGGCAACUGCGAUAUAAAGGCCAGCCCAUAACACUUGACAACGUGGCAUCCGAACAAUGGUGUCUAGAUGUGCUUUGCGAACUAUACCACAACCGAUUCGUUACCAGAAUAAAUCAAGGGCGAAGGCAAGGCCACCACAACAACGACUCCCGCGUCUAUCUCUUCCCUUUUCCAACACGCUCGGCUGGCCUCGCGUGGGCUGACCCAAAAGGCCGAGACUACGAACUACCUGCUUCGAUUACUCUUCUGCGUUCAAUGAUGCGCCAAAUUGACAACCCUGCAGUUAUGGCAUCAAAGCUCACAUUCGAAGAAUACGCAACCACAAUCCUACAUAUCAUUCAAAACCACAAGUUAGAUGGCUACUUUGUCAGGACUUAUGAACAAUGCCCAGAAGAAUAUUUCAGUAACCUUUGGCUAAAUGUCGGUGGCGGGUUACGUACUUGCACUCCUAGCCCGUCAAGGCUUAUGGAUUAA